AGGUUGACGCUUUUUCAAAUAUCUGAUCUGCGUAUGAAGCUCACUAACAUCAACUAUUUCCCCUUCUUCGCUCCAUAUUAUAUAACCUCCACGCUUUUAUUCGAUUUCCACAAAUUCAUCAUCAAAAUAAAACGAAACGAAAAAAGAGAGGGAAGAAAAUGAAUCGUUUUAUAGUAAGGUCGGUGAUGCAGAGCCACCUGAGCCAUGGCCGAAGCAUCAGCAACGGUCACAUUUGCAGCUCCGCCAUAGUUGAGAGAAGCUUGGAGUUGAGCGGACAACAUAACGUUGUGACGCUUGUAAGAUUUGAAUGGAGAAGGAUGAUGAGCUCUACUCCUGCUUCUGUGGGAAAUGCGUCUUCUGGAAGGGAAGAGAAAAUGGAGAACUCAGUGACGGAAGAGACGAAGGGAAAGGAUUCGUCGGCGUUAAGUUAUUGGGGGAUUUCUAGACCUAAGAUCACCAGAACGGACGGCACCGACUGGCCCUGGAAUUGUUUCAUGCCAUGGGAAACUUACAGCGCAGAGCUGUCAAUUGACUUGAAAAAGCGUCAUGUCCCAAAGAACUUCGUUGAUAAAUUCGCUUUCUGGACUGUUAAACUCCUUCGCCUUCCUACAGAUAUCUUCUUCCAGAGACGAUACGGCUCUCGAGCUAUGAUGCUGGAAACAGUAGCGGCCGUCCCUGGCAUGGUUGGAGGGAUGCUUCUGCAUUUGAAAUCUCUCCGUAAGUUCCAACAAAGUGGUGGUUGGAUCAAAGCGUUGCUUGAAGAAGCAGAGAACGAGAGGAUGCAUUUAAUGACAAUGGUGGAGCUUGUGAAACCCAAGUGGUAUGAAAGGCUUCUUGUUCUAACUGUGCAGGGAGUCUUCUUCAAUGCUUUCUUUGUUCUGUAUAUGCUUUCACCCAAAUUGGCACAUAGAAUUGUUGGGUAUUUGGAGGAGGAAGCCAUUCACUCGUAUACAGAGUACUUGAAGGACAUUGAAAGUGGUGCAAUAGAAAAUGUUGCAGCCCCUGCCAUUGCAAUAGAUUAUUGGAGAUUGCCUAAAGAUGCUAGGUUGAAGGAGGUUAUAACUGUAAUUCGUGCUGAUGAAGCUCACCAUAGGGACGUAAACCAUUUCGCUUCUGAUAUUCAUUUUGCCGGAAAGGAAUUGAAAGCCGCGCCUGCUCCUCUUGGUUAUCAUUAAGACUUCAUGUUGUGGAUCGUGAAGAUUCUUUAAAAGGUUCGUGCUUGAUGCAAACUUGAAUUAUAUUUAUCUAUGUUUUUGUAUAAAUUGAGGACCACGAUGAAUUGUAUUAACGAUAAUAAUUGCAAAGUAUGGCUUACACUGUUGGCAUUUUCUCAGCUACCAUAUAUCUUUCUUCUCUUUGGUUUCAUAAA